AUCAAUUCGAUGUAUCGCUGGUAUGAAGAAUCUGCUAUUUGUUACGCGUACUUGGCCGAUGUUCCAUCCGACGACGACCUUCAGGCUCCCGAGUCCGCGUUCUCCAAAAGUCGAUGGUUCAGCAGGGAUUGGACACUACAAGAGCUGAUUGCGCCUAGCCAAGUCAUCUUCUUCUCUAACAACUGGAAGGAGAUUGGGAGGCUUCGCAGCCUUUUCUCUCAAGUCUCGAAGAUUUCUAGAAUUGACGAGGCCGUCUCAUAUGACGGGUCCAACCUUGAUAUGUUUAGCAUCGCGCAGAGGAUGUCAAGGGCGUCUCAGAGAUCUACAACCCGCGUGGAGGAUAUAGCGUAUUGUCUCUUUGGAAUAUUCGACGUGAAUAUGCCGCUUCUAUAUGGGGAAGGAGAGAAGGCAUUUCUUCGCCUUCAAGAGGAGAUUAUGAAACGCUCAAAUGACCAAUCUCUUUUCGCCUGGACCGGAUGCAUCGCGAAUCCUCCCCCGUCCAGUUACAGUGGCUUCCGGGAAGAUUAGGGUUGGUUCGGAGGUCUUUUAGCGACUAGCCCUGUUGACUUCGAACGAAGCAAUAUCUACUAUUCCAGUCCUUUGGCUCGGAAACGCAUUGUGCCUUAUUCAAUGAGCAAUAAUGGACUCUGUAUCGACCUUCUAGUCUUCGAAGUACCCAGAAGAAGACGUUACGGGCGGCCAAGUACUGAACAUGUUGCGGUUCUGAAGUGUUCAUCAGAGCGUCCCGAAAUGGAAACCCUCAUCGGAAUCUACGUAGAUUUGGAUAGCCCUCAUUAUAGGCCCGCAGAGGUGACAGGGUCUCGCCGCCCGCCCGAACGUCCAAUAGUCUUAAAAUCGACUGGUUUUGAAAUUGAUGAAUGGGUCAGCUUUGAGUGGCCCAACUCUCCAG